CUGAGUCGAAUAGCCUCUUUGGAGUCUACAUUGGUAGAAACCGGCCGCUACCUUGGUCGGAUUGAAAACAUUCCUCCCUGGGUUGGGACGCUUCAUAUCGGUCAAAGGUGUGACCUGAACACUUGGUUUUGGGUGUACACUUCAGUAGCCCAACAACGGCGUCGGUCAAAUCUCACUACAGUGAAAAAUCCCAAACCCACGAUGGACCAGAGAGACACUGCCCCUGAUUCCUGGGAACAAGAGGACGAUGUGGAGGCCACAGUCGACGGACAACUUGAAUCCGCUUUCACAACGUUGAAUGUGAACGCUAAGCCCUUUGUUCCCAAUGUGAAUGCCGCUGAAUUUGUCCCGGCGUUUGCAGUGAAAGCACACUCGGAAAAUGUCGACUCUGAGGUUGCCGCUGAAAAAAUAGCGAACAUGGAGGUGACAGAAAGCGCUGCUCACAUGGAGAACGGCGACACAGAAAUGACCUCAGAGGAGCCAUGGGACCAGAAAGAAGCUGAACCUAACGAGGAAGAGCCAGGAGGUGGGUGCUGUGGCGACCAUGGGCCAGAGGUAGAGGCGACAACUGAGGAGACGGGAUCAGAGAUGAUGGAGGAGGAAGAGGAAACGCCCGUUCCCAAGGUUCCACCUACACAGCCAGAUGCGCCUAAGAAGGAACACAUCAAUGUUGUGUUCAUCGGGCAUGUAGAUGCUGGAAAGUCUACUAUUGGUGGACAAAUCAUGUAUCUAACAGGGAUGGUAGAUAAGAGAACCUUAGAGAAGUAUGAAAGAGAAGCAAAGGAGAAGAACAGGGAAACCUGGUAUCUGUCUUGGGCUUUGGACACUAAUCAAGAGGAGAGGGACAAAGGCAAGACGGUGGAAGUGGGCCGAGCAUAUUUUGAGACAGACAAAAAGCACUUUACCAUCUUAGACGCACCAGGCCACAAGAGCUUUGUGCCCAACAUGAUUGGAGGUGCAUCACAAGCUGACCUGGCUGUGCUGGUGAUCUCUGCCAGGAAAGGUGAAUUUGAAACGGGUUUUGAAAAGGGUGGACAAACGCGGGAGCACGCCAUGUUGGCCAAAACAGCAGGUGUCAAGCACCUGAUUGUUCUGGUGAAUAAAAUGGAUGACCCCACAGUCAACUGGAGCCUGGAGAGGUAUGAAGAGUGCAAGGAGAAAUUAGUGCCAUUUUUGAAGAAGGUGGGCUUCAACCCAAAGAAAGACAUUCAUUUCAUGCCAUGUUCUGGGUUGACGGGGGCCAACCUGAAGGAACCCACUGACAUGUGCUCCUGGUACACAGGUCUACCAUUCAUUCCACACUUGGACAGUUUGCCAAGUUUUAACAGAUCAAGCGAUGGCCCUAUCAGAUUGCCCAUUGUUGACAAAUACAAGGACAUGGGCACUGUGAUUCUUGGCAAACUUGAGUCAGGCUCCAUCAGUAAAGCGCAACAGCUCGUUAUGAUGCCAAACAGGCAUGUAGUGGAGGUGUUGAGCCUCUUGUCAGACGACGUGGAGACGGACGAUGCUGGACCAGGAGAAAAUCUCAAGUUGAGGCUGAAGGGAAUCGAGGAAGAGGAGAUCCUUCCUGGGUUCAUCCUGUGUAAUGCGGAGAACCUCUGCCACUCUGGACGCACCUUUGAUGCCCAGAUUGUCAUCAUCGAACAUAAAUCUAUCAUCUGUCCUGGUUAUAAUGCUGUCCUUCACAUUCACACGUGCAUUGAAGAGGUGCAGAUUACGGCCUUAAUUUGUCUGGUAGACAAGAAGACGGGAGAGAAGAGUAAGACACGGCCGCGAUUUGUUAAACAAGAUCAGGUCUGCAUUGCACGUCUGCGCACGGCUGGAACCAUUUGCCUCGAGACCUUUAAAGACUUUCCACAGAUGGGACGGUUUACCUUACGAGAUGAAGGUAAGACCAUUGCCAUCGGUAAGGUUCUGAAGCUGGUUGCUGAACGGGACUGAAGAUGCUGUUGCAGGAAAAGUCCAGGUCAGACAGAAGGGGUGGAGCUCGGUCAUAACCCACCCAGUGUCGUCAGCGGCAAAGGCACCUCCCUCUGACACCCACCUUCUUCUGUCCAAGAUCAGCUUGAGAAAAACAAACUUACACAAUAAAGAGAAGUUUGUUUUUUUAAGUAGAUGAAAUCCAAGAUGAAGUCCACAAGUCAGCUUUCUCAUAUUGAGAGCUCAGCUAUGCCAUUUCUGGGUGUGCCCGCCCUCUACCUUUCUCACCUCCCAAGUCUGGUCUUUUCAUGAUGACAUUGUUUUUUUUCUCAUUUAUUUUCUUGCUUUAUAAACGGUCUUGACAAAUGACAGAAGAAAUAUCUGUGAACAGAUGUGGACCACCAUUUUUGCUUGGAUGAUGACAUGAUUUCAGAAAUACACUGCAAAGAGAAAUAGUUUGAAAGAAUUUCACCAAUUGAAACCAAAAUGUUUAUCAUUGGUGUACAUGUCUCACUUUGCUUUUCAGUUUUUGCUUUCUCGUGGCGUUCCGGCUGUCUGCUUGAGCGUGUCUAAAUGAUAUAAAGCAAACGACUAUGACAAUAAAAUAUUUGGGGGGGAAAAAAUGCUCGUCUUUUUAAGGGCAGGUUUUUUCAAAAAUGCUUUUGAAGAGAUUUUAGUUGUAAUCCUCACACACCACUCAUCUUGCCAUAAGAUCGUUCAGUGAACAGGGUCGCAUGGAUAUGAGAAUAUAUAAUAUACAAUAACUUUUAUAGUCAAGGCUAUAAGGGAAGGUCAAUAACUUGACUACACAAGGUCCUCGGUCUACAUAAGAGUUCCAUUCCUACAACAGUUGGAAGUGGAGUUUUAGUCUAGGUCAGAACUUAUACCUCAAUGAACACCUAAUUCACACUACACAUGGACAUAAAAUACAGUAAUAAAAAUAUUGUAAGAACUACUGUAAUAUCUUCUCGCACACUGCAAGGCAUGCUGUGAGACUUGAGAAGAGGAAAUCUCAGUAAUGAGACCACUACACUGCUUUAUUACUGUCAGUAGUGCAGAGUAGAUCCUUUCACGUUCUAGAAUACCAUCUUUAUCCUUGGUGACGGUCAUGACAGUGGAAUGGCUUACACCAAGCAUGCAGGUGAUGGUUGGCAUUUCUCCACUUUCUGGUCAUUUUACGAUGUCUAAUUUCACCUCGCUUUUCUUUGACGCACUGCGAUCAGAAGUCUGCCUCAUGCUCGGGAGACAUAAUUGAGGUUGAAGAUAAAAUGUUAAUGUAGUAGCAUUAUUAAUCCCCCUGCAUUAAUAUUAAUAUUCUGCUGUGUGUGUGUAACGUGUUCUUUGUUUUUGCACAGUAUCAAUGAUUUAAGGAAGUACGCCUUGGCCACUAAACCUUAUAACAUGCAACGUUGUAACGUAAAACGAGGACGACCAUGUACUGGUAGUGAAACACCCUCAUUGGCAGUGCUAAUAAAAGAUUGAGUUUGUGGUCCAACAGUGACAAGUCUAAACGAUGUGAGAUUAGAAAGACGUCUGCUCAUAAGAGAGUGAAGGCUUGAAAUAUUGUGCAUUAUUUUGCACUGAUAUCUAGCAGCUGCAUUCUCUCUGGGUACUCUGGCUUCCUCCAGAAGGACUGGCAGCAACGCCUCACUAGAUACCAUAUGGUUUGAUCCUAUCUAAAGUACCCACCCACAUCAAGCACAAAACCCUCAGGACCAUGCUUGAGCACCCGAAACAGGCCGCGGUGUCAAUGCUGGACAGGCGAAUGGUGGACAUCAUGGCGUUUGAUAACAAAACGGCUGACAUGAGUUCCAUUGGUACGAACGACCAGAGAAAAUAGCGUUGAAUUGCUUGGGGAGUUUUGACUUAGCACUUUUUUUUCAAGUGGAACAAAAACUUGCCAGGGAGCUCAGCGGGUUUGGCAUUAAGAUCCGCCUUAGGAGCGGAAAGCAAACUGAGCAUGACCCAAAGCAAACAGUCAACAAAUUUGCCCUCCGAGAGCACAGCACACAAGUGACCAGUGAAAGCGCUCACACGAGUCGAUUAGCCUGAGGGUGGUAGACUGUAGUGCGUUUGCGCACCCAAAAAGCUACUAAGAAGAAACACAUAGCUUACACUUUGUUAUAUUUUUAUGUAAACAAUAAGAUGCCCAACCCACCCAAUGCUGACUAGAGGUCUUACACAAACUGUCAGAGGUGAUAACCAAUGACACACCAAAUUCCUGAAAUGCCCAGGCUGACAGGACCCACCUCCGGCCAUCUGGUAAAUCCAAUCCACCAUUGUGGGCCGUCCCCUGCUACGGAGGCAGCGGACCAUACAGGUCUACGUGCACGUGAUCAAACCGCACAGCAGGAAUGGGAAACUUGACGUCCCUCCGGAGGCCAUGUCAGACAAACUUGACCUCCACCAGCUUGACCGAGAGUGAAUCAAAUUGAAAACCCAGCGACGCCAGACCACCACCCAAGGACAGCCAGUUGACACGUCGCGAAGGAUAGUGGGACUGGCAUCUCACUGUCUCGAGUGGGCUGGCCCUGGAGCUUUUUUGAGCUCAAGGGCCAUACCUACCGACCUCAGUGAGUGGCUGUCCAGGUCAUCGGGCUGGCCUGCGGCUAUACCAUCCAAAUCAAUCCCGAAGUGCAGUGGACACACAAGUGCACGAGACAGACAAGACAGUCAGCAACUGAGUUCUCAGUCACGGAGUACUUACAGGAAAUCAAACAUGACCAUGUUUGUGAUGCUCUGGAUCGCCGUCUACAUUAUUUGAGGCAAAUGGUGGUACCAGAUACUUUUCCGACCCCACGUAACCCCCAAUAAAUUGCACAUUUUGAAGUAGCCUUUUAUUAAGGCACACUUGUGCAAUACUGCUGUCUAAUCAGCAUCUUGAUAUGGUAAUGGUUUUCUUUAUUUUGAACAUGUAUACACGUUACAUUGGAAUACAUCACAUAGUACAAUUCACAGUUCAGUUCUACAUGACCAAAAAGGAGUAGGAAGAAGCAAAGUUUAUUUAAUCCUACCCCCAUCCAUUCCGCAUCAAUUGCAAUACAAUUGUAAUACAAUUGUAAUACAAUGCAUUAAGUUGUCAUUGCAAUACAUUUGUUCUCUUCCUGUGUUCCAAAUGUACCC